UUACCUUUCCACAAACCAGAAAUAUAUUUGAAAUAAAAAUUUAAUCCGUCCUCAAAUAAAUUCACUAAUAUCAUGUUUUGGGGCGUUUGGCCAACUUCACUGAGACAGGGGUCGUAUAUUUUUUCAAUUUUAAAAUUAUAAUUUCAACUCCUUGUAUUCUCCUCUUCUCGAAAAUAAAUUUCGGCCCCAUGUUUAUCAAAUUAUUUCAUAUUAUUUCUUGAUUCAUCUUAAGUCCCAGAAAUGUUGCCACUGUUUUGUGUAUAAAUAAUUUCUCUUUUGUUAUAGAUCUUCCUAGACCAUCAGGGUGCUUGGAGCAGAGCGGUUGGUGAACAGUUUGUUGUUACCAAGAAAUGAACAAGAGUGGAGAUCUAUAUCUAAUGAAUUUUACUCUCGAUGGAAUUUUCCACAAUGCGUCGGAGUAAUGGAUGGAAAACAUGUGAUGGUUCAAGCUCCACAGAAAAGCGGAAGCGAAUUUUUCAACUAUAAAGGAUUCUUCAGCAUUGUUCUUUUUAUUGUAGCGAAUACCAAGUUAUAUAUUUCUCUGCUGGAUCUCAAGGAAGAAUAUCAGAUGGUGGAGUUUUUGGAGCUACUGCUUUUGGGAAAAAAUUGAUGGAAAAUAAAUUAAACUUGCCAGAAAGAACACCAUUGACUGGACGCCAAGAAGCAGUACCUUAUGUAUUUUUAGGAGACGAUGCGUUUCCUUUGACCCCAAUAUACUAAAACCAUACCCUGGGUGCCAAGAUACAGGGUCAGCAAGAAGAAUAUUCAAUUAUCGUCUCAGCAGGGCACGCAGAAUUUCUGAAAACGUAUUUAGAAAUUUGUCUGCCAGAUUUAGGGUACUACGAAAGCCAUUACUCUUGGAACCCGAAAAAGUUAAAAAAAUCGUCUCAACUUGUGUCUAUCUACAUAAUUAUUUAAGAAAUAGUAAUCAGUCUAAGCUUCACUACACACCAGGAGGCACAUUUGAUUCUGAAGAUAAAGAUACUGGCGAACUUAUACCUGGUAACUGGAGAAGAAACACAGGAGGCGACAGUACGUUUCAUCGUUUGCAAAAUGUAGGACGUAAAUCAUCACUAGAAGCUAAAAAUGUGCGAGAAGGAUUUACGAAUUUUUUCCAGACACUACCUUGAUCAGUGUGCUGGCAAGAAAAUUGUUAAUAAUUACGCUUUCCAAAAAGGGGAGGUCAAGUUUCGUUUAGAGAAAAUUCGCUAGAAUUAGUUUGCGAUUUUUUUUUGUAACCGACUUACGCUAAACGAAACUUGAGUCAUAUAAAAACCCCGCUUGCUAUGUAUGGAAUAUAAUAAAUGACAAAGUUACGACUUACUUGACUUUGCAUUCCUCCUUCCGUAUAUGAGUGUACCUUGUUCUUAUCCUUCAGGAAGAGCAUGUAGUUGUAGGCAAACCACUUAGACACAAAAACCGAUGCAGCACCAGAUUUUUUGUAUUUUCGAUAUUUCAUUCGCUCUCUAUAAAACUGCCCGGUUAAAUUCUUUAUUUUUCGUUUAUCUUCCGUAACAUCACAUAAUACAGCUUCAGCGAUGUUUUUCAGAGCAUCAUAUCUUUUAUUUGCACAUUUGUGAUCUGCAUUUUUGGAUUCCACAAACAUUCCGCAUCUUUAUAUAUUUCUAGUAGUAAUAUUGUUUUAUCAUUUGUCCAACGGGCCAUGUUUAUUAUUAAAACUAUCGAUAAGCAACUGAUUACUGAUGACAACCGUCCACACCGCAGAAACACGAGUCGCAAGUCUCAGUUUGUCGACACCUGUUACUCCAAUUUCUUUGAAGUUUACCGCUCGGCGAGCGAAACACGCGACACAGGGUCGCAUCCCGAUAUGCGACAUAAACAUCCAGAAACAUUUGUCGACAAAGAGCAACUUUGUUUCUAGAAACUAGUCAUUGAUGACAAAUGUUGCUUAUUGUUGCUUCUGUGUGGAAGCGUCUUUACAAUAACUUCUCCAUUCGGCACUCCCAGAAUUUCCUCAUUUCUAAGCAACCUAAGCCCUUCGUCUUCUUUUAUUGGUCCCAUAUGACAAUUUUGUGUUCGAGAACUCGGAGUCUUUCUUGAUCUUUGAUUGUAAGGUACAUGCUCCAUAUACGAUUACCGGUCUGAUUGCAACUUUGUACAUCUUUAGAUUAGUUUCCUGUAGUAAUCUGUGGUACUACCAGUAUGACCAACAGGUAACAACCCAUCACUAUCCGUUCUGCGAUUUUCGCGGUCCUUUCAUUUUUGCCAGUCACUAACACCACUAAGUGCUUGAAUUGAAAUACUCUUUCAAAUCGGUAUUCUCCUAUUUCAGUUUCAUUGAUGCUGUUCUUGUCUUGUCUGGCUACCAUUAGAUAUUUCGUCUUCUCUUGAUUUAUUUGUAAUCCUCCUCUUUUUCCUUCAUCAGAUAAUUUUAAUAGCGCUUUCCUUAGACUUCUUUUGCUCCUAACAAUAAGAGCAAUCGCAAUCGCUCUUCCAAGUCUUGUGGUCCUUACAGUUUUCUCUACGACUAUGUUGUUGACAGCGAAUCUCCUUGUCUAAGGCCCAUAUCGUCAGUCGUCCCUACAAUUGUAGGGCGCGUUUAUGGCCUCCUUGAUUUCGAUAAUAUUAUGUCUUCUUCGGUAAGGUACAUGUAUGUCCUGCUUUUGCUUUCUAGUCUGCUGUCAAUCAGAAGUCAACUGUGAUGUUAUGUUAUGUGUCUUUUCUGACGUUUAAGAUAUUUUAGACAUGAAUCAAAUGCCGAAGGAUAUUUUCUUGCAAAUAAUGUCGAUCAUUUAUGUAUUUAUAUAUAUUUGCCUAACAGCUUACAACCAAGCUGUUCCUUGAUGAAGCGGGUAAGUUACAACAUUUUUAAACAUUGCAUAUUCAUAUUUAUAUACUUAUCGCAUUUUUGUCAGAUGUGGUUCGUUCUCACAGACUUUAUGAGAUGUUGGAUAAGAAACAUUGUAUCCCAAGUGCAACUGCAUUGUUGAUGUCGGAGAUGGCUGUUUACAAAUCAUUGUCAGACUUUGGAUUGCCUAGUGUCAGGCUCCAAGUAUGUAUAAUGUGUAAAUGCUCUGAAAUUGAAUUUAAACAUGCCCUGCCCUAUCUGGUAUUUUUUUAUAUUAUUGGGAACCUUAACCUAAAAAUUUCAGACUGUAACUCUAAAAAAUAUCAUUAUAAAAUUGUAGCCCACCCCAAGGUGUAAAAUUUUUAAUGUGUCUUGAAUCUAUGCAUCUUUUUUGCAGAUAUAAACCAUCGUGAUAUUGCAUACAAAACUCCAUAUCUAUUUUGGAAGGAUAACGAGGCGAAUGAUCUUCCUAAGAAUGGAUUCAUGCAUCCAGCCACUUGAAAGCAUGUUUGAAGGAGCCAACCUUACUGAAAUAAGUGAAUUUGCUUUUUGUGACUGACAUGUGUUACACUGCAAUUUGUAAAUUUAAGGUAGGCAUAAGCUUGUAUAUUCAUUAAAGGUAAAAGCUAUUGAGUUCAAGAGGAGCUUUGUUAUGCCAGGGAAGGGGGUUCUCAAAUGUUGCAUGUGAGAGAUGAAAUGUCACACGAAACUCGAUAAAGUGGCUUUUUGAAUAUUGUAAUCAACAUUUCUAUUGGUACAAAAUCUCACAAAGCUGAUGCCAUAGGUUAAAUAAGAAUUCAGUGAUCUAGCAAAAAUGCUAUAUGAAAUACAUAUUUUAACGCUUAGGUAGAAAACAGACGGAGCGACUUUCGUCGACUCGACCGUCGAGUCGACGGUCGAAAAAAUUGUUCAAACGGGGCGACCACUUUCGUCGAGGAGGCAGUCGCGUGUCGUAUCCGCGGUAAGCUCGACGCGGCCCACGGUCCCUGGCAACGAGAGCAGGUUUGCUAGUAGUGUUCAAUCAAAAAAGCAAUGGGCCUAGACCUAGAUGAUGAAUAUGUAAUGCUACUGUACUUGUUUUACCGGAGACGAAUGAAGAAAAAAAAAGGGAGGCGUCUCUGGGUUCAUCCAAUUAUUUCACAGCGCAAAGAGAAAGGCUUUUUUACUAUAUUGUGGCCACAGCUAAAACAGGCCGAAGAAAAAUUUUUCAAUUUCACAAGAAUGUCCCAGUUUUCUUUUUAUGAACUUCUCACUGCUAUAGAACAAGAAUUAAGAAAAGAAAAUACUGUUAUGAGGGACUGUAUUUCCCCAGAAGAAAGGCUUGUAAUAACUAUAAGGUAAGAAACAAAACUUGGUUUAUUAUGUCUAUUCUCAUAGUCAUGAAAUAAAACAUCGCCGUAUGAAUAUUUGAACAUUGUGCAAUUUAUUGGAAGCGUUGAAAUAUUCUAUGAUUAUGAAUAAAAUAUAUAAUACGUACUAGAAGAAGCAAAUCAAAAGAGGCUUAAUUCGGAGUCAACUUCAGCUGCGUAGCUGGAAACGUAUGACGCUAUCGAUUCGGAAACAGAUUCUGCAGGAGACGGUGCUGCCAGGGGAACUUGAGUAGAAGUUGAUGACUCGGUAGAAUUCAUUGUGCGUUGCAAGUUCAGGGAUGUAUUAACUUGAAGUUCUUGAUAAUUUGGCGGAGGCUGACUGAAGUGAGAUGGAGUUUGCUGACAAUUAUAUAAAGUCUGAUAUCUUGGUUCGAAAACAUCAGGCUGUACUUGAGGGUUUUCUAAGUGGGCUCGUGCACCAAACUCUGAACGAAAAUUGUCCACUUGAUGAAAUGUUUGCCUUGGAGUUGGAGCCGCUGACGGUGCAUAUUUCAAAAGAAUUUGCAUAAUUUCCAUUCUCACUGCCAAUUUCGAAUCUUCUGGAAUGUUCUUUAAAGUCGGAUGCAGCGAAAGCAAUAAAUGGAAAUCAUCAUCUUCACAUUUUUCAACCCGCUGCUUUGUUUCUGCUUCACGUCUGGCUGCUGUGUUAGUUUCUAUAGAACUAAUUAUUUUCAUUUCCACCGGAUCUAAUCUUCUGCUUUUCGCAAAAGAUUUUUUGUUGGAUGAAGUAGAUGGUCCAGGCUGUGUUGAAUCGUCAGGAAAAAUAUCAGUUUCUUCCGUUUCUCGUUGGACAAUCUCACUUUCCUUAUGUUGCUCGUCCAGAGAAUUGGUCGUAGACUUAGUGUCCAGUAUAUUGUUUAGAAAACCCAUCUGCGUGGCAUAUAUAUAGGGUGUUUUCUUUUUUCCUGCUGAGCCUGAUUUAAGUUUUUUAUUAGAUUUCCUGUCCUUUGCAUACCGGUCUCUCAAAUUCUUCCAUCUAUCCUGCAUCACCUUACCUACGAGUUAAUAAAAUAACAAAAAUAGAGAAACGUCAAUUCACAAUUAUACAAUGAUCGGUAAAAAUGGGCAUUAUGCGGGAAAGUUCUUUAUUAUUAAUUUAUGAUUCUGGGAUUUUCAAAAAUUCCUCUCUUUAUGAGAAAAUACAAAAUGGCUCCGUUAACAUUCCAGAGGCCUCGCCUAUAGGAAACUCUAAGACCUCAUAUCCAUUUGUUAUUGUUGGUGAUGAGGCCUUUGCUCUCUCUGAAAAUGUGCUACGACCGUAUGGCGGCAAAUGUCUGAGCGUCAAAAAAAAGUUUUUAACUAUCGCCUAUCGAGAGCGAGAAGGUACAUUGAAUGUUGCUUUGGAAUCUUAGCUAGUAAGUGGAGAAUAUUUCAAAGACCCUUGAAUGUUGAUAUUGAUCUAGCAGAGUGCAUAGUAAAAGCGGCCUGCAUUCUGCAAAAUUUUGUACGGCAACGUCACGGAGGAAGGGAUGACACAAACGGUUUAGAGUUAUGCCACUUUCCUUCUAUUGAUAAGGAUAGCUUGAGUAGAGCUAAUAAAAACGGCCUAACAGCAAGAGACAAAUUUGCUGAUUACUUUGUGGAAGUCUCACCGCUGCCCUGGCAACAUCAGUCUAUACGUUGAAACGUCCCACUCAAUGUUUUUUGUAAUAUUUUUUUUUUCGAAAAAUGAUUACAAUGUUUAAAACGCGAAGACAUUAUGAAGUGUAAUUACAUGUAAUUAAUAAAAUCAAAACUAACAACAUACCAGUUUUCUUUUUUUCCUCCAAAGUAGCAUCUUCUACAAAUAUAUUAAUGAUCUCUUCCCAAGCGUGCUUUUUCUUUUGCCUGUCGCCAUACUCGCUUUUUGUCAUGUCCCAUAUAGCUGGUCUCUUCUCCACCUCUUCUAUUAAUUUUUCUGGGUCUAUUUCGUGCCAUCCCUAAAAUCUAAAUGAAUACAAAAUUAAAAAAAAAAGAUAUUGGUUCAAAAUAAAUAUCUAUUAAUUUGAGAAGAUAGCGGAAUUUAUAAAAUCCGUGAUCCAACAUAUUCCAUUGCGUGAUUCAGUACUUACGUGUGUGAAUUUCGAAAUAAAAUGCGUCUGAAUUGAUACACUUCAGAACAUGGCAUGAUGUGUCGAUGCCGCGUCGAGUGCCGCUGCAAAGUCGCGGGGAAAUCAUAUGUCGACUCGACUUCAAGCGGCGAGUCGACAAAAGUCGAUCCGUCUGUUUUCUACCUAAGAAAUCACCAUUACUUAUAAUUUUAACAUAUCUACUUGCAUUGUUCAAAGAACAUCCAAUCCUGUUAAGCCCAGGGUAGGAGAUAUUGUUCCAAGACAAUAACUCCAGUACAAGAAACGUUAUUAGAGGGAAAAAAGAAGAGUCAAUAUAUUUAAAUUGGAUAUUUCAAGAAGUUUGAUACCUAGAGUUAAUUAACUUUCCAAAAUGAUCUAAUGUACCCCCAAACUAGAAAUAUUUAUUUGCAAUUGAUCAGACAUCCUUUUAGCCCUGUUAACAUAGCUUGUAAUUUAGAAAAUAGCAUAUAAACGUCAAGGAUUAAAAAUGAUGAAAUCUAUAUUUCUAGA